GUCACUUCCUGUGCUGCGCGCUCUCUGUAGUGACUGACCGCUGAGAGGAAACUAAUGCUGUUAUCUGUAGUUAAGUUAGUUAGUUAGUUAGUUAGUUAGUUAGCUGGAUUUCUCAUCAUGGCCAGAAGUGACAGCAGCUCGUAUUUCAGGAGAUCCAGUCUGUUCUGGAUGCUGGUCGUGACGGUUUCUCUCAGUUUUUUCACGUGGACGGUGUUCUGGCCUCGGGACGUCCCGUACAGCAGUCUGGGUCCUCUGGGCGCUCUGGCCAAGCAUUUCGUAGACUAUCAUUAUCCUGCGAUGUAUUACGGAUGGUUUCUGGCGUGGGUCAUCCAUCUCUCCGAGGCUCUGUUUGCGCUGAAGCUCUGCAGUGAUAAAGGCAUCGACAGCACGUCCACACGCUUGCUGUGGUUCGCUCAGACGUUCCUGUUUGGUUUCGCGUCUCUGGGUCUUCUGAUCAAAUACAAGCCGGACGGCCGACCCAAACGCCAGUGACCUGACACCGGAGCUCGUUCCCAGCAGGACUCUGAUCUUUAUAUUCCAGAGGAUUCAUCAACCAGCAGGUUAUAUUUGAACAGUCACAUCCACCUGAUUCUGGAGCAGCCUUGUUUACCUGAUCCUGGUUCAGCUCUAUCAGCAGUGUUACUCACAGAACGUCUGUCAGCACAGAAAAUCACUUCAGCUCACACCUCAGAGCAGGUACAGUGCAAAACAACCUCAGACUAGUGUGAAACACUCACUAACUGACCUCGACCGGUACAGUUACAGUAUAUCUAAUGCCUCAGCUCCUGUAGAUCCAGUCAACAUGGGAACUUUCACACAGUGUGCUCACAGACAGCUUACAUACAGAAACUCAUGUGUGAGGAAUAACUAGAAUAGUCCCAUGCUGAAACAGACUAAACUUCCCACUGUACAACAGAACAAGAGCCCUCCAUAUCAGCUUUCAUAUUUACUCCAGUACACUGAAAGGAAACACGUUGAAUUAAACGAGAAAUUUUGAAGUAGAAAAACUGAAAUUGUAUUUUCAGCAACACUUAAAGCCGUUUUGUAUGGUGCAUCAUAAAGAUAUUCAUAAUAUACAUGGUAAAGCAUUGUAUCUUUUGUAUAAAUAAUUGUAUCGAAAAUUGAAAUGCAUUGAAAUAUUUGCAGAUACCUGAAAUUGGUCGUUUUCAGGUGUAACAAUGAGUGUUAUAAUGUGUUGUAAUUGUGGUUACAGUUAUUCAUGAGAUCAUACGAUGCAUUAAAAUGCAUAAUUAAUGCACAAAUAAUCCUUUUACAAUGUAUUAUAUCAAAAGGCUUUAAAGUAUGAGUUUUAUGUUUUAAAAAGGUACUUUGAUUUUCUAUUUUAUUUUUAAUUUGACAUUUUUAUUUCAAUUAUUGUUCUGCUGUAAGAAUGAGGGGGGAAUAUAAUAAAAAAAAUCCAGUUAAAUAAAAAUAAAAUUAUAUUAAAAUGAAGUGAAAUAUAGUAAGGAGCACUGAUUUAGACUGUGUUCAGCUCAAAUGAAUUUUAAAGUAAGAAUUCAUGAGCUUGUAUUCAAUUCAAGUUUAUUUCUAUAGUUCUUUUCAUGAUACAAAUCGUUGCAAAGCAGCUUUACAGAAAUUUGAAGUUUCUAAUUUAAAGUUUCUACAUUAUAUUUAGUAUUAGCUUCUCAGUGGUGACUAUGUCAAGUUGAUGUCAAUGUACAGUAAAAAUCAAGCAGUAAGUUAAUGUCAUGAACUCAAACCGUGAACACUAUUAACUGCAAUCUUUAUAUGCAGCUUGAGCACAACCCAAGUGUGACUGUAUUUGGUGAUUUUGAGUGACGUUCCUCAAACACUGUUGAUAGAGCAGAACACUGAACACAGAACAGUGUUUCUCAGCCGCUGCAGGUUCACAAACACUGCUGUAAGUGCAGCUGCUUAUGUUAGACACAGUAGAUCGUUAGAUUCGUCUCCAGCUUCACUGCUGGGUCUGUGUGAGUGUGAUUUACAGAUCAAGAGUUUUUGAAUGAUGAAAUAUAAACUUGAUUUGACAUGUU